AGUUCAUUAAAGUUCGCCUUUUUUCCGCCGUUUGAGUUCAUGUGUUCAGGAAGCAGCAAUUCCUUGACAGUGCAGAAGAUGAGGCAGAACAAACCAGCUCCGGCUAUGUGCAACACACCUCGGUCCAAAGCGAGAGAUACGAGCAAAAAGAGCGUGUUUUAAGGAAAGAAGAUGUAUCUAAGGCGCCUCUCCAUCGCCAUAAGCCUCGGCUUGCUGUGGUAUUUUUCAGAUUGUGGUCGGACAGUGACACAGUACUUUUUAUGCUUCUUCUUUUGUUUGUCGACUCCGCUGUUAUUCGGGAACAGUGGGCGAGAGACCAGCACUCAAACUGAUGAAGAGACGGAAGAAAGCCCUCUCCAGGGAACUAUUGCAGUGGAGUAUCAUGACUCGACUGAUGAAGGUAACAGGCAGGCUGAACCACUGGAGUCACAGUAUCCACAUGUAAAGAGAUCUCUACAGCAAGUGUUCGAGUGUGCCUACGCUCAGCUGAUUCUGCCUUGGUACCGCGUCCCUGAGCCAUGUGAGCUCCAGCCUCUGCACCAGGUGCUCAGCAAGCAGAUCGACUUCGUAAUCGACCGACUCAUCGAACGAGCCAAAGACUUUGAUGUUUGCCAGGCGGUCGUGGGCUCCAUUCGCAUUCUGACCCAGCACUUGCAUCAUGCAAGGCACUCUGACAGAGAGGUCUUGUUCAGCUCCAGAGCAGAGGAGAUGGCAGUCCUCAGGGAGUUUUCUGAUGCCCUGGUACGUAACCUUUUUCCCGAUUCUCUCCGGGGCCAAGAAGUCAACCGCUGUGCCUUAAACGAGAUCGUUGCCUUAAAGGGGCUGGGGCUGUUGGUGACAUGGCUGUCCGACCCCGACAACCUGAACCAGCUGGUGGUGAGCCAGCUUGACAGCGUGACCCCCAAAGGCUCUGUAGAGGGGCUGUGUGGAUCAAACAUGGAACGUGCCUCUCUGGCUUCACAGGAGGGAGAGGGCAGUGAAGUGAGCUUGGAGGGAGCAGGAAUUUCAACCAGCAGCAGGAUCGAGGGCAAAAGGAAAAGCAACAAGAUAAAAGUAGGAUGGUCAAAAUUUGUGGACAAGAUGAAGACCAAGAAAGCCAAGAAGAAGAAGAUGAAAAGUAUGGAGCAGGAGCUGGUGAUGAGGAUCAUGUCCCUCCAGGCUGAAGUGUCCGAGGACGAUGUCAGUAGCAGAGAGAGCUCCGUUCACAGCCAGCAGGACUCUGACGUGGAGGAGAGGGAUCUGGAGAGCUACUUGACAAGGGUCCAAGAGGACAUGAUAGAAUUCAAGCUGUCGUAUGAGAUGUGGUGCGUUGGCUGCUGGGUUGUUAGCAUCCCUCAAGUCGACUGGGAAAAUGAGGAGCUGGUGUUCACUGUUCACCUGGAGGAAAAAGACAGCCCUGAAAACCUGCAGUGGGACAUCAGGAAGACCUACAUGGAUGUCAUAUUUUUCCGCAACAGAUGGCAGGACUCGACCAACCUGCCCACAAUCUUGGUGCUGGAGGAGUCAGAGAUUGAUGAUGAGGUCGUAGAAGAAGUAAGAGUAUCAGUGGAGCACUUUCUGCAGGAAUUAAUAUCUGAUAAUCUGAUGGGCCGCGCUCAACCGGUUUUUCAGUUCCUCUGCCCACUUGAGAAACUGCUGAAUGAAGAUGAACAUUAUGGAGGCGUGUGGGGCCUUCUGAGCGGCUUGGCUUACUUCCUGACUCCAGGACAAGAGGAAGACGAGAACUUGAGCCCUGAGACAGUAGCCCUGAAAGAAAUGAUAGCGCCAUCCCCACGACCAGAAUCUCUACCUCACCCACGAGAAUACCCCAGUGCCAGUGAUGUUCCUGGUGUGACAGUCCCAAAUAUUGUUGUCUCCCGUUGGAAGUCUCAUUUAGAACUGCCUGAGGAAGCAGACGCAGAAACCGAAAAGGCUGUAAGCUCUGACUCUUCAAGUGAAAGCUGUUCUCAAGACAAAACAGAAGACUCUGAUAAUCCCUUCACCUCUCACAUUAAAAUGAUCAUCAGAGGACUGACCCGAUCCAGGUCACAAGAGUCUCUGGUCUUGACAAAACAUGCCAGCGAUGAAGACCUUCCUCUUUCCGACUGCACGCCACACUGCAGCCAACAUGAAGACAUGCAUGUGGACGGUGCAGAAGGCCCGUCGUGGCGUCAUUUCAGUGCAAGGUCAAAUAAAAAGGAGAAAAUAGGUUUCAGGAUGUCAGGUGGAUCUAAUAAAUCUAAAGGGAAGGACCACGGAACUGUUCCAAAAGGGGAGGACGCCCACUGUCAGAAAAGCCAAGUGAACCGGGAACAUGUGAACCGGGAACAUCUGGAGGCGACCAAAGCCAUAUUUGACCUGCUGAAAGAAAUAUCUGGAAACUCCAUUCUUAUAAACAUUUUUGAUACCAUUUUGAAACCUUUCAUGUCGGUCUUGAAAAAGAAAGUGAACACUUUCUUAAACAAGAUCAACCCAACAGAAGCGCAGAUGGCCGCGUACAUCGAUGCUCUGCGUGACAAACAGUGGCCGGAGUUACCACCACCAGCAGCAGCACCUCCUCAACCUCCUGCACCUCCUCGCACAGACGAGGAGAAAAACGAGACCAGGGAACGAGCGCACCACCUCAUCAGUGCCAGAUAUUCAAAUUUUCUGGUCCUCAAGAAGACAGAUGUGGAGACUGUUUUUAAUCUUUUCCAGAACAGUGAAGAAAACAAAACGCUGGUAUAUAUGCUACUGUCAUUCCUGUUUCGGGAAUUUUUUCCCAAUGAGCAUUCCCUACAUGUGAGCGCCACUGCCCUACAGAAAGUGACCAACUCCACCCCUUGAUCUGUGAAUUCCUAAUAGUGUUUUUCGUGGUACUCUUUUGAUAUUUUAGAACAUGAAAUUAUUUAUCAAACGUCUUUAAAUGCCUUUAAAUAUUGUCUGUCGACCAUUACUGUCAAACACCUCUUUUUAUGUUGUUUUUACCUCAAACUUCUCAAACAUGCUGUGAAUCUUUCCUCUGGUUUUUAUUUUGUUUAGUUAAACUGCAUUUGUACGUGUUCACUCGUCAGUGUGAUAAAUUGUGACAUAUUUGUGUGUGUGUGAAAUCAGAAACAAAUUUUCUGGGAGCCGACUUUUGAUGCCUUUUUAUUGUUAAACAGAAAGGAGAGAGUAAACAAUAUUUUCUAUUACAGUUUCACCCUUCACAUUUUCAUCUGAAUGAAUAAGAAUUUCCUAAAAAUAUUUUGUGUCACUUUGAGCACUUGUAUAGGGUGAGUUUGCAUUCUGGUUGAUUUUACACAUAAAUCGAAACAUGGACACACUGCCAACCUCUGUCAAAGGAAACUUGAAAUAAUGUAAAUAUUUUGAAUGUAUUCCAAUUAAAAUAUUUUAAUAAAAUA